CUAACCUAUCAAAAAUAUAUGUUAUUCAACAUUGUGCUUAUCUCAAAAUAGAAGUCAAAAUCUAUCUAUGUUUUACAGGGAAGUGAUGCAAGUGACGGAUAUCAACUAAUUUUUUUCCUAUAUACAAUUCUAGUCCGCGAUUGCUGAAAUUCAAUCAAUUGAAGGAAAUGGCGAGUCCGAAAGCAACUAAAUCGGUAGCUACAAAAAUAGGUUUGAAACCAUUGAACACACAUACUCUCUUAUACUAUUAUGUACCCUUCCAAGGGGUUUUAAGUUACACAGCUUUAUCAAUAAAUGUUAUGAAUCCAUCGUUGGUCCUGAGGGUGUUCCCUAGGAAAGAUAUAACCAAUAUUUUGUUGCUGAAUACCUUAUUAGGAUCAGGAUUAUUUCUCUAUAAUAGGUCGCAUCUAAGGGCUCUCAACCAGAAAGAUAGGAUCGUCUACAGCGCUUUUGGAGCUGUCACUUUCUCACUUGGUUCAGUUUUGAUUUGGGCAAUAUUAAGAAGUGUUAUUCCAAAGAAUGUAGCACUAUGUACUUUCUGCGGUUUGGGAACAUCUCUAGCACUAAUAAAAAUUGGAAGUGGAUAUGCCAAACAUCUUGAUUCACUAAUAAAAGAAACAUAGUUUUGGACUGCAUUGAGGAAUGUUGUGCUUUAAUCAUGUAAAUUAGUACUGUUUUACCAAUAAAUGAUAUUUUUAUUCA